AUGACGCUGGAUGCCAUCAUGGCUUGGUGUCGUCGCAAUGCCAUGGAACUUAAUGCUACAAAGAGUGCUGUCCUGACCUAUACAAGAAGGAAUGAUCAUAUUAUUUUUGACUACAAUCUAUCCGGCACUGCAUUGAGGAGAGUAUCAUGUUUUAGGGACCUGAGUGUGACAAUGGCCUCGGAUUUCGGUCCUGGGGAGCACAUUGCUCUCAUCUGUAGCAAGGCUAACUCCUCGCUGGGCUUUCUGUGUAGAGCGUCGAGUGACUUCCGAUCUCCAAAAACCUUGGCAACAAUUUUUAAAACUAUUGUUAGACCUGUCCUGGAAUACGCCUCCGUCAUCUGGUGUCCUUACCAAUCAGGCCACAUUGAAUCUCUGGAGCGGCUGCAGACUAAAUUCAUAAGAUUGAUGAGAUUGCGGCUUGGCUACUCAUAUAUGGACGUUCCAGUUGAGAGCUUGACAAAGGAUUUUGGCCUUCCUUCCUUGCGAGCGAGAAGAAAAUUGGCUGAUCUCUCGUUGCUGCAUAAACUGGUGAACGGGGUAAUUGACUGUCCUCAGCUACUUGCACUACUGGAAUUUCGGCUUCCAGGAAACACUCGCUCUCAGGACAUCUUCUAUAGGAGAGCCAUGCCCACACUCUACAGUCAUCACAGUUGUAUUCCUCGUCUGGGGAGGGAGGGUAAAGAAGUCUCCGGUGAGGUGGCCUUCUUCAGCACCACUCCGGCUGCCUUCAAGAAGUGCCUAAGACAAAUGAUCUUUCCACCACAGACAUAA